AUGACGACAAAUACACAAAUGGCUGAUUUCAUGUCGCCGAACAACGGAAUUUCAAACGUAAGUACGAUUAUUUUAUCAUAUAUAUCUAUAUAUAAAUAUAAUAUAAUAUAUGUAAUUCAAUAUAAAAUUACAUAUUAAAAAAUAAAAUAAUAAGUCAAGCGUAAUAUUAUUGUUUUCUUAACGGAUAGUUAUAGUUUCUAAUAUUUAAAUUAGUAUUUAAUGUUCAUAUUCUGUGUUUAAAGCACGAAAGUCCCGAUUUCGCUAUAUUUGGAAUAAAUGCGGAGCUCACUGAUGUUAGUUUCAACCCUCAACGUAGACAAACAUGCAUUAAUAUUCCAUUAUUGCCAGCAGCUUUGCAACCUCCUCGACUCCAUCAGAAACGAUCAUCUAAUAUUAGGUAUAGUAUAUUGUAUUAUUAUAUCAUAUCACCUAUAUUAUACAGGGUGAUUCUUUUAUCGUUGAAUAAUAAUUAUUUCGAAAAGUAUUAAAAAAAAAAUGUGUUGACAAUAAUUUAUUUAAGAAACAAACAGAUUUAAAAUUUUAUAUUUUCAUUAUUUUUUGUUACCUUUAUAUUUGGGGUUGAAACCUCUACCAACUUUUGAUUUUUAAAUGGUAACCCAAAUUAAAAGUUCCAUAAAUAAAAAGAGAAUUAGUUUAAAUAAAUUGUAACUUUAUGUUUUAGUAGAUGGAGAGUAGUGGAGCACUAAUAAAACGCCGCGCGCUGCUACACUAAUGAUAUUCCACUACUUUCCUCCUACCUAAACUUAAAAUUGGAAUAUCUUAUGAACGGGUUGACGGAAGUCAAAAAUUUUAACACCAAAAUUAAUUAAAAACUAAUACUCUAUCUGUGUAUGGAACUUUUAAUUUGGGUUACCAUUUAAAAAUCAAAAGUUGAUAGUCGUUUCACUCCCAAAAAUAAAGGUAACAAAAUAUAAUGGUAACAUUCAUCCUGUAUACCUACUUAAAAGUGCCUAUAUAUUAUAAGGACAUAAUAGUCAAUUAAUUUUUUUUUUCAAGCAAUAGCAAUAAUUUGCACGAAAACAUGAGUAGCACAAAUUUGGUAUCGUUACAAACAUUGACAGAUGGAAAAAUACAAGCUACUAGAUCUCAAAAUGUUAAGAGUCGCAACCCAGAAAGAAUGAGUUUAGAUAGGUAUUUUACUCCUAUUUUUAUUCUAGAAAUAUUUAAAUAUUAUGAUACCAAAUACAAUUUUUCUUUUAAGACGGGGUUUAAUGAGCGUCCCUGUGAUCACCGGUGAAUCUCGACUUCGACUACUGUCAAUGCAACACAAUUUGCUAACAAAAUUGGAUGGUAUUUCUGGUGCUGGUUUAUCUAGAUUAGUAUUUUUAGAUGUAUAUGGUAACCAAUUAGAAAGAAUUACAGGUCUAGAAUCCUUGAAUAAUUUACGUGUGCUUUUACUAGGGAAAAAUAGGUAGAUAUAUUUUCCUGUAUUCAGUUGUAAUACUGUUUAAACAAUUUUACAUUGUUGAAUUUCUCUUUAUUGUAGAAUUAAACGAAUCGAAGGUUUAAAAACAUUACACCGAUUAGAAGUUCUCGACUUGCAUGGCAACCAAUUAACUCAAAUUGGUGGACUACAAAGUCAAGGCGAAUUGAAGGUUUUAAACUUAGCUGGAAAUCAAAUAAAAGUGUUAGGUUCAUUAGAUCUCACUGGUCUCAGAUCAUUACGAGAGCUCAAUCUCCGUAGAAAUCGUCUAAAAUGUCUUUUAGGAUUCGCUGAGACUCAACAAUUGACAAAACUUUUUCUCAGUAACAAUGAAGUAAACACGUAAGUUGUAUAGGAUUUAAACAAAAUACUCAUCUAACAAUUAAACAUAGUCUUUAAUCAAAUAUAUAUUUUUAGUAUUGAUGAUAUGCCAAGUUUAGUACAUUUAAAUAAACUCCAAGAGUUGGCUAUUGACAAUAAUCCAGUGUCAGCUGUAGAAGAAUGUGUUUCAUUUUUGGUAUCGCAUCUUCCUCAGCUUCAAGCUCUUAACCGCAUUCAGGUGACCGAUCAAAUGAGACGUACUGCUGUAAUCUGGAAAGAAAACAGAGAAAGCCUUAAAUGUGUAGCUGCAAAUUCUGUUCAAGAACCCGGAAAAAAAGGUCGUGAGAACAUUAUAUAUAAUGCUAAAUCAAAUUGGGAACAAAUGCGUUCUCACCAUUGUGCUUAUCCCAAUUUAGCCUCAUCUUUAAAGGAUCUAAGAAGCUCAACAGAAACAGAAGAUGGUAAAUAAUAUUAUUAUGGAAUUUAAAAACUGUAAGUGAAGUAUGAUAUAAUAAACCUAAAUACCAGGAUUGUUUUGUUUAAAUACACGUUUUAAGUAUCAAUAAAAAACGUGCGUUUAAAACAAUAUGUUCAGUAAAUUUUAAAUUAAAAUAAUAAAUGGAUUUUCUAUUUUACGGGACACAUUUUUUAACGAUUUUUUUUUUAAAUCAGCAAUUUUCAGUGAUUUAAAAGCGAUGGUAACAAAAAAACAAAAAAAAAUGGGGUGAUCGUUUUAAGCAAAACUCCAUAAUUGAAAAUAAUCACAAUCCCCAAAUUCUGAUUGCACCACUGUUAUCAGCGUGAAAAAUUAUAAAAUAUAAAUAAAAAUAAAUUUAAAAAAAAAUAUCCAGUAAAGAUCUUCUGAUCUAUUCUACAUAUUUAAAAUAAUAUAAAAUAAUAUAAUGACUGAUACAUGAUGACUGAUGAGGAUUAGUUAAAACGUAAAUGAUAAAACCAUAUAGGUAUAAAAAUCAAGUAGGAAAAUAAUUAAUUGAUUGAAAAAUGUAAAAUGUGAAAUUCUUACUUUAUAAUAGUACAUUAAUUUGCUGAAAUAUGAGAUAUAAAAUAGAAAAUUGAUUACUACCAAGUAAUGAGUAAUGACUAUAAUGAAAUAACUUAUAAAAUUACCAAAAAAAUUAUUUUAAUGAAAUUAUAGAAAUUAAUAUUAAUGUUACGAAUUUACGAUCACUGUUAUAUAUUAUAUACAUUUUGUAAAUUUUUGUGUAAAUAGAUUCUAUAAUAACAUAAUAUAAUUAUUAAACUGAUAAAGAAUGUUAAUUCAUCCUAAAGUUUCCUCUUAAAAAUUAGAAUAUAAUAAUAUAUCGAGCGUAUUCAUUAAUAUUUGUAUUAUAAUUUAACAUUAUUUUAUAGGUACAAAAAGUGAUUCUGCACUUUGUAAAAAUUCAUUAGAAGAAAAUCAGGAAACUGUCAUUUCGGAUCAACGAAAAAAGAAAAUGUACUUUUUAUAUAAAAAUCGAACAUUUGUGGAAAAGAAACUUUGUCGCCGUCCGACAAUAGAGAAGAUUGAAGCAGUACCUGUAACAAGACUGCCACCAAUAUUGAAUCAAUAUCUCAAUCAAAGUCCAACUUCCAAAAGAAAAUCUGAAUUUAGACACAAUGAUAGCAGUAGUUUAGAUAUGUAUCCAUCUGACCAAAGUGUACAAAGUAAAAGAAGUGUUUCAAGCUUAGGCAAUGUGGACGAAUCAAAUUGUGAUGAAACUAGUAGUAGUAGUAGUAGUAGUAGCAUCGAAUCUUCUUCUGAAGAAAAACCACCCAAAGAACAAAUUAAUAAUGUUCGACCAAUAAAAAGUGCUAAUCCAAGAAUGUCGGCGCCUAUUAUAAGUGACAAACAGGAAAAUAAUUUUAGACCAGCUACAUCCAGGCCUAAACCAAAAAGCAAUACUGCUAGCUUAAAAGAUAAAAAUAAGGAACAAGGUUUGACUGAAUUUUUUAAUUAUUAUAAUUAAGUACUCAUACAGAUACAGUAUACAUUAGAGUGAUACCUUUAUCAUAGACUAGUAAUUUUCUUGAAGGCAAUUAAUUUGAUUUUUGUUUUUCAAACAUUAUGGAAUUGUAUAAGUUUUAUUUUUAAAUUUUCUUUAGUUUUAGGUUUGGAAAGUAGCGAGUAUGGGAGUAGAGAAAGUACGGAGAGUAUUUAUUAGUUUUACUACAAUGUAGUUUUUUUUUUUUGUAUCUGUGACCAACUUUUCGAACAGUAAAAUUACUCCAAUUGAAAAAUUACUAGGGAAUUUUUUUGUUGAAUUUUGUUUUGAGAACGUCAAAUUUUGAUUUUUAUAAUAUUUUGGAAAAACUGAAAAACAAUUAUUAUCGGAAAAACGACAAAUAUUUACGGUGCACUGCGGCACUGCGGCAUUGCUAAUUUCAUAGUUUUUAUUUUUUACGCACUAUGUUUACUAUCAAAAAUAUUGUUUUAAUCGAAAAAUUCCAAAAGACCUUUUUUAUUUUAAAUUUUAAAUUUUGUUGUUGAAAGGAAGUUGUUUUUUGAUUUCUUCCUAUAGUUUUUUUAAUAAUUAAGCAAAACUGAAAAAAAAAUGAGAAAGAAUGGUGAAGUUUACGGAAAUAAUGGUUUUAUUAUAUUUAAUUUUGUGUUUUUCUUGUAAUUUAGUUUAUAAUAUCCAUACAGUAACUUGAAAUUUGUACUAAAUUUAUGUAGAUGUAAUUAUUUGGCUAAAUAAAAAUGUACGAGACCAGAAGUUUAUUAUAAGUUAUACUUAGUAAUCAAUAGUAAUUUUAGAUUCUGAGCGGAGCAAUUGAUUUUACAUUAAUGUUUUUCGGUGAACAAAUUUUUUAUGAGAAAUCAUGCUCCGAUUUCGAAGUGUAGCAUUUUUUCUGAAUGGGAAUUAAACUUGAGUGGUACUUUAAGGAGGUCAUUUUUCUCAGUGAUUUUUUUUUUUAAUAAAUGGGAAAAAAACAUGGAAAAGUGGGAAAAUGUACGAAAUAUAUUAUUUUCAAAUUGUAAAUACUACAGCCUUUCAAAAUAUGUAUAACCGAGUUCCACUCAGAAUAGGUUUUCAUUAACCAAUCAUUACGUACAGAUACAAAUUAAAUUUUUUCCUCUACCUUCCUAACUUCUCAGCUAUUACAGCUCACUCAUUGUGCGAAGUAUGUCCGUUUGUUUUUGUUUAUGGUUGUUUUAAGGUCAAAUUUUGAAGAAAAUCAUAAAUAUUACUGUAUUAUACAUUAUGUAUAAACGAACUUCGUCCAUAAAUGUUUUUCAUUAGCAAUGGUUUAUCAUUGAUUACAGAUAUAAAUUAAAUAGUUUAUGAAUCUUAACGUCGACAACAGUGGCGCGCGUUAAUACGUAAAACACAAAUAUUUAAUUCAUUGAUUAUGACUUAAAAUAUUUUUAAAUUUAAACUGGAAGAAUAAGAGCGGGUUUUACAUUUCAUAAUCACUUUUAGAUGAUUAAUUCAUAACUUCCCUACUCUUCUGGUGUAUACUUUAAACUGUCUAAAAGAAUAAUCCAUAAACGGUAUAUACCUAUAGGCUGGUAUUAGUGUUAUGCCUAUCAAAAUUGUAUAACAAUAUCCUCUAGUUGAAUCUGUGUUUUAAGAGUGGGAAGUGGUUGCUAUUAAAAAUCUAAAGUGUGCAUUAAUUUCAGAUAUAAGGAGUAGGAGAACAAAAUUGAAAAUAGUGUUAAAAUAAAGCUUAACGAUUCUAUGAUUAAAAAAAACAGUAAUCCAAUUUACUUGAAAAUAGGAAAGGCUGAUGGGAAUCGAUAGACUUCCUAUUUUGUUUGAUUAAAUGCAUUAUAUUUUUUGUAUUUUAAUAUAUCUAUAUUAAAUAUAUAUAGUUAACUAUACAAAUUAAAAUAAUACCUAUUUAAAAAAAUAGGCAAGACAAUUUUUAAAGUAUGUUUUUACAUACCUAUUGUUAAAUUUUAUAUUAUUUUUUAAUAUGUUAGUAAAAUUAAUAUUGUACUUAUCUAUAAUUUAUACACUUACAGGUGGCGAUUAUUUAGUUGAAAUAACUGGUAAGUUUUUAAACGUGUACGGUCAAGGUAGUUUACGAUACAUAGACAAACCAUGGAAUCAGUCAAAAUCAAAUGAUGUUUUAACAAUUAAAUUCAACUAUGUCAGCUUCAAUUCACUUGUACCGGUUUUUUCCAAAAUUAAAAAUCGUUUUCCAAACGCGGAAAACUAUUUUUUUCGUGAUACCAAUAUUUACUGCCUUGGUCAAUUGAAUGCUCUAGCUGAUUUACAAGGAUUAGUUUCGUUGUUUAUACAUGAAGAUGGAAAUCCUAUCACUCGAAAAGAAUGGCAUGCCUAUGCAAUUUAUAGAUUAUCUCACUGGGGAUUGAAGUUUGUAAAUGAUAACGAAGUAUGUAUACAAAAAAAAAAUUGAAUACUUAAACUAUGAAAUAAAAAAUGCAUUUUUCCUUAAAAUGUAUUUAUAUGCUUAAUAAAUCGUGUUUUAUUUAGGUAGAUGAAACUCAAGUAGUUAAAUCUUCAGAUACCUUUAAGGGAUUAAGCAAUUUGGUUUUAUAUUCAUUGCCAGAGACAUUGUUGACACCAUUGCUCAAUAAAUUACAACUAGAUUAUAGUGCUGAAGAAAGUGCGUGUAAAUGGUUAAAAUCAUCGGAUCCAGCUUUACGAAAUGUCGUUUGUAAAGAGGCAUUACAAUGGCGUAAAAAUGGAAAUGCUCAGGUAAUUAAUAUUCUCUAUGGCUAAUUUUAAUUUUAAUUAUUUUAUUUCACAAUUUUUUUUUUAUUAUAUGAUAAAAUGAGCAUUUCUAAUACAAUAAUAAAAAUUAAAACCUUAAAAGAAUAAUCUAUAACUAAUAUUGUAUAUACAUUAAAGUGGCCCAAAAAAACUGACUUACGAAAUUCAAUAUGUGUACCCCCCCCAUUUUUUAAAUUAAAACGAAAAAAAUUUUUUUUGUAAAUGUGGUUUCGAUAACUCAUCUCCUUGCCGUUGAAUUAUGGCAAAAAGGUGUUAUUUACACAAAAUUAUUUUUCAUAUCAAUUAGGGGGGGGGGUUUAAUUUUUAAUUUCCCAAGAAAAUGUCAAGCCCAUAUAGAUUUGGACCACCCUAAUCUAUAUACAUACAUAUAUAUUCUUCGAAAUAUUAUCUGUGUAUCCAUUUAUUAUAUAUAUAGUUCCAUUAUCGUCUGAUUUAAAAUAUGUUUAUUAUCUAAUAAUCACUAUAAAGUCAUUAAAAUUUUGUUUUGGUACUGUGGACAAAUUUGUAUUAUAUUAUUAAUACUGUUUAUUUUCAGGAUGAAUGUAUAUGGAGACAUAAAGGACUCAUUCAUUUUAAUUCUUUGAUUAAUACAACGUGCCUAGCGAUGGCAAAACUGAUUUUAUUAGAGCAUGAAUGGCCUCAUGUGUUUAAAGAACUCAUUCAAAACAUAUUGGUUGAUUAUUCACAACUCGAAGAAUACAUGAAACGGAAAUUAAACGAUUUACGACCUCCCUAA